AUGCUGACUGUUUUAGUUUUACGGUGGUUUCUAGACGCACAUGAUUUGUUGGUGUAGCUGUUUUGAAAUGAAUAGUUUUGUUUAGUCACAAUUAUCUUACCACAAAAAUAAUUCAACAUGAACAUAUCAGAAAUUGGAGCAGUAGGAGAUGCCAUUACUGUGCACGAUUUCUCAGAGAAGAUUAUGGAGCAAACGGUUCACUUUCACGUCAUAAAACUCGUUGGGGGAUUUUUCCUUUGGGUCGGCUCGAAACCAGUGUUGUCCAAUUUAGCUGUUUCAAUGCAGAGUACGUUUGGUUCGAUGCCGCUGUCUACGUUAGUUCUAGGGGACCCUUCGGACACAACCCCGAAUUCACUUGCGCAGAGAUUGACUAAGAGAACUAAGAAACAGGUGUUUGUGAGCUACAACCUGCCCAUGACUGACUCCAACAUGUCUCUGAUGGUGGAGAAUAGGAUAAAGAAAGAGAUGGAAGUUCACCCUGACAAGUUUUAACCUCCAAACCCUUUUUAUCUUUUUUUUUAAAACGAAAUAGGAAAUGUGGUUUUCCUCAUUUUUGUACUUUCUGGGCUAAUCACUGAGGAGUGGGAUUAAAUCAGAAACUGACACUCUGUAGAGGCUGAAAAAACUUGCACAAUGUUUUCUGAUACCAUUGCCCACAAACUCAGUCUAUAGAAAUGUAUAACUUCAAUA